CACAAGCCAGCAACCCUGAGUAGACACAACACACAAGUGAGGCAGAUCGAGAUCAGCCAGAAUGGCGGAGUUCGCGCUUGGUCUGACCAAGACGGCGGUGGAGGGGACGGUGAGCAGGGUGAAGUCAGCCAUCGAUGAGGAGGCGAAGCUGCGGAUUCGAGUGCAGAAUGAUUUGGUGUUCAUCACUGGCGAGUUCGAAAUGAUGCAAUCAUUUCUCAACGCUGCCAACAAGGAACGGGCAAACACCCAAGUGGUGAGGACCUGGGUGAGGCACGUCCGUGACCUGGCCUUCGAUGUGGAGGAUUGCCUCGAGUUUGUUGUCCACCUCGACAACAAGUCAACCUGGUCCUGGUUGUGGCGCGUGCUGCCGGACUGCAUGGCACCGGUGCGGCCUCUGGAUGUGGCGGUCGCGGAUAUUCAGCGGCUCAAGGCGAGGGUGGAGGAUGUAAGCCAGAGGAACACCCGCUACAACCUCAUUGGUGACUCUGGCUCCCACUCCAACUCAAAGCCUACAGUAGUUACUACUGUCUCAUCUUUGACGACGGAGCUUAUGCCUGAUUCUGGCCCAGCAGCGGCAUUCCGCAUCCUGCACAAGGUGUGGGAGGCCACAGAUAAGAUACGGCCUGAUAUGGGUGACCUCAGGAAGUUGAUCACCAAUGAAGGUAGUGACCUUGAGGUUAUCUCUGUAUGUGGAAGCCCAGGAGCAUCUGAUCUUGGGGUGACACACGUCCUCAGGGAGGCUUACAAUGACCCAAAAAUCUGCCAAGAAUUCACAAGCCGAGCCUGGGUAAAGCUGACGCAUCCUUUUAACCUCAAUGAGUUCAUCAAAAUCUUGCUCACUCAAUUCUAUGCUAGCUCUAACCGAGCAAGUGUAGGAGUAGCAGGCUUCCGAAAAAAUAUGAAAGAAGCGGUGGCCAAGGAAGAUGAGCUCAUGCAGCAAGUGAGCCAGCUGAGGUAUCUCGUUAUCGUGGAACAACUAUCCUCUGUGGUAGAGUGGGAUGCCAUCAGAAUGUACCUACCGGAAAGUAAAAACGGCAGCCGGAUUGUCGUGACGACAAAGCAGUUGGGUCUUGCUUUCUCGUGCACGGGGAAUCCCUAUCAAGUAUCGAACCUCAGACAACUCUCCGGUGGCCAAUCUCUUUGUGCCUUCUUCAACAAGGUCUCUGAACGUCGUAGUGACAUGGGUGAACUCAUUUGGCAAUUAAGACAUGUUGUUGGUGUGAUCUCUGUGCAGAAGCAUCCUGAUCUAAGGUCAUCAACUCUUAUUGAUAAGGUGUACGCAGGCGUAACAAAUAAGUCAAAAGAAUUUGAGGAAGUUAAAUUUGAACGACACAGCUGGGUCGAUGUACCUUAUUCCUUUAGUUUGGGUGUCUUUGCUCGGCAUUUAUUUUUGAAUUUUCAUUCAAAUGAUCUUCGAGCCAAGAAAAUUAUAGCAGCUGGUACAAUGGGAGACACAGGCGUCAUUCAAGGGUGUCAUAAGUUUCUCAGGGAAGACAGGUGCCUCGUGGUUAUUAAUGGUCUGGACUCGACAGAUAGUUGGGACCAAAUAAAAGCUGCCUUUUUAUCAGAGCCUACUAAGAGUUGUAUCCUUGUCAUUACAAAGGAAGCAAGUGUGGCCAGAUACUGUGUAGGCGAAACUGAUCGUCCAGCGCUCAACACCAAAGAUUUGGAAGCCGACGUGGUACUUCGUCGCUCAAUGAAGGGUUGUGAGUAUAAUGGACUUGGAGCCAAGGAGGCCUCUAGCAGGGGCCGAUUUUUCUGCAACAGAAGGGAAGAAGCGCAUGUCUGGACUGGUAAAUUUAAACUUAUUGUAGAUCCACAUAAUGUGUAUUACCCAUGCCUCCGGCAUUGUUUACAACAACAUGGUACAAUUUCCUUGUGUGGGGACGAAGCUUGGAGAUCGGCUCUUGCCAGGAAAAUUUACUACAACCAAAUGCUUAUUGCACAUGAAGAUGGUAUACCACCCACUGUACGGGUAAAAGAUGGAAAGAAAUUGGAUUCCGGAUUUACAAAGUUCAGUUGGGUUGAUGUACCACACCCGUUCGAUUUGAUGGACUUCUCUUGGCGCUUAUCUUUGGAUUUUCACUCAGAUGAUCUCAAACCAAAGCAAAAUGCGGUUUUCGGUCUGAUGGAAGGGCGCCAUGACCCAAUUGAAGAGUGCCUUAAUUUUCUUCGACACGACAAGUGUUUGGUUGUUAUUGACGGUCUACAGUCGAAAAAUGAUUGGAACCUCAUAAGAGAUGUAUUAUUCUCCAAGCCUACGAAUGGAUGUAUAAUUGUCAGUACGGGCGAAGAAAGUGUUGCAACACACUGUGUACAUCAUGAAAAUCGAGUGUUCCUUGACAAUGGUCGAGCAGCCGACCUUGCAGCCCAUGUUCAGUCCAGAAAGAAGAAAGGGUACUCAGAUAAGGACAAGAGUAACGCAUUCUCUAUCAGAAUGGUAGAGGCACGUGAUUGGAUCAACAAAUUUGAAAGUAUUAAGGAUUAUAGUGGAUGGAAUCCUAUUUUGGAAUUUGUCCCAGAUGGCAGUCCUCCUCAUGGUGUUACUUCCGUGUGGGGGAUUGCAGGGGUCGGGAAAUCAGCUCCAGUCAGAAGCUUUUAUUACAAGAGUAUGAUUGGUGAUCUUGAACCGGUCAGGAAGUACAGCUGGGUGGAUGUUCCCCAACCAUUCGAUUUGACAGACUUUUGUAGACAAUUAUAUAUGGAUUUUAAUUCGGAUGAUCUUGAAGAAAAAGAAACUGCAGCAGUUCGUAUGAUAGAAGGCCAGGACCCAAUUCAAGGGUGUCGUAAGUUUUUGCAGGAAGACGACUACUUUGUUGUUUUUGAUGGUUUAUGCUCCAUACAUGACUGGGAUCAGAUAAAAGAAGUGUUAUUAUCUGAGCCAAUUAAAGGCAGUAUAUUUGUCAUUACAAAUGAAAAAGGUGUCGCCACACAUUGUGUAGAUGAUCGAGAAGAUAGAGUGUUUAAUGUGAAAGGUCUUGGUGCUGACACGGCCCUUGCUCUCUUCACAAAGAUGGCUCGGAGUGGCAAGCUGAUCAAGACUUCCAGAGAGGAAGAGCUUUCAAAACUGAUCAUUGCCAAGUGUGGCGGGCUACCCAAAGUAAUAGCUGCCAUAGGCGAGUCCUUGCAGGCACCCUACAAAUGGGAUAAAAAGUUGUUAGAGAGCCUAAAUGCUAAAUUCAUGAUCAUGUUGGAGACAGACCCAAGAUUCCAAUGUUUAAGGGGUCUAUUUACUAGGAUGCAGUCCUAUUUUGAUGAUUGUCCAGAUUCACUGAAGCCAUGUAUCUUCUAUCUGUCAGUAUUCCCUUUAGGCCACAUUAUUAGGCGAAGGCGUCUGUUAAGGCGGUGGAUCGCGGAGGGUUACUCCAGGGGGACUAAUGGCAGUACUGCAGAAGAGAAUGCGGAGAAGUACUUCUCCCAGCUUGUAGAGUUAAGCAUAAUAAUCCAGCAGCAGCAAGAACCACCAAGCAGUGCAGACGUAUGGAAAGUCAAUGGAUUCUUUCAUGAAUACAUCAUUUCACGUCCAAUGCAAGAUAAUCUUGUGUUUGCACUAGAGGGGCGUCGCAGCCAUAACUGGCAGCGUGCUGGAACUGGACAACACCUGGCCAUAAGUAGCAGCUGGGAUGGAGACAAGAUUGUAUUUGAGAGAAUGGAAUUGUCACGGCUCCGGUCAUUGACGGUGUUCGGCAAGUGGAGGCCAUUCUUCAUCUCUGCCGAUGUCAAUAUGGAAUUGCUCCGGGUGCUGGAUCUAGAGAAUUCAACAGGUGUCAGAGAUGCUGAUAUUGAGCAAAUUGGGAAGCUACUUCUUCGCCUCAAAUUCCUCUCCCUACGAGGUUGCAAAUAUAUUACCUGUUUGCCGAGAUCAUUGGCUGGCCUGAAGCAGUUGCAAACUCUAGAUGUAAAAGGCACCUCCAUAGUCAUUUUGCCAUCUUAUGUUAUGAAGCUACAUAAGCUACAAUACAUUCGUGCUGGUGCCAUACUACCACCAUCAGUUACGGAAGACCUACCAGCAGAAGAAGCAGGAGCAGCUGAUGAGGACCACAUGACAUCAGCAACCGCUGGAGAUGACCAUAGUGAUGCCAUGGUUACAAGCCAAUUAGCAGGAGAAGCAACAACACCAGCAGAAGAAGAGCCAGUCCAGACCACAACGCCAUGGAGCAGUCGGGGACGAGAUAUGCUGGUAUCUUCCAGCUGGUUGUCCAACAAGUUUAGAUGCAAACGUCGACGAUGUAGUGGUGUUAAGGUUCCUGUUGCGGCUGGGAUUGGUAAGCUGAUCGCUUUACAUACACUUGGUGUUGUCAAUAUCACUAUUAGUGGCAAGGCCAUCCUCAUGGAGCUCAAGAAGCUUACCCAAUUGCACAAGCUCGCUGUGUCCGGCAUCAACUGGAAAAAUUGGAGUGAAUUUUGUUCUGUCAUCUCAGGCUAUGUUCAUCUCGAGACCUUGUCAGUGAGACUCGGUGAUAAUGAUGAGAAGCAGAAGGAGCGGGAGGAUUUGUGUUGUUUGGAUGACAUCUCCAAGCCGCCAAAAACACUAAAGAGCCUCAAGCUGUACGGGGGAAAUGUACACGUAUCGGUAGUCUGGAUGAAGCAACUUGGCAAGAAUCUCAAAAAGGCUCGCGUUCAAGAUCUUGAGUUGGUAAUAUCAACGCAGGAGAACAUAGACAGCCUUGUACAAUUGCCUUGCAAGGAUAUGUUCCGUCAUCUUUGUCUCAAGCCGAUUGAAGAUGGCAAGCUCUAUUAUGAUAGUCUGGUGGCCCCGUGGACUAGGGAUUUCUUCCAAGCCCCAGACCUUAAGAUUGACUGUGGCAGCUACAAGCUGGUGAUAGUUUUUGGAGGUAGGAUGCCUGCAAAUGUGGAGGUGCUGGUUGUUCACUGCUCUUCUACCGAGUCGUCUUUGGAGCUUUCUGGGUUAGAGAAGCUAGAGAAUCUCAAGGAAGUGUGGCUUAAGGGUUCAUACAGCGACCAAGUCAAGGAACACUUGCAGCAGAAGGUUGGCGAGCUUGUGAAGAAACCUGUGUUGAAGCUGGAGGACCAACACACCCAACAGUCAGCUCCACCUACCCCUUGUGCUUGCCUGAAAUGCCUACUUAACUGAAUUGUAGUUUUAAUUUGUGAUGUGAUGGAGUAUGAACUGUAUUCCAAAGAGUUGGUUUAAGUAUAUACUAUUUUGCCAGUUUGACACCUGAUGUUGUCGUAUGAAUG